AUGACUCACUGGUUCACUUAUAAAGAGUCACGGGAAAACAGAGCCACCAUUCACAACCGAGAAACCAUGCAGUCUGCAUUGUUUGUGUUAUUAUCCUGCAUCUUGCUUGUCAACGCUGACUGCGACUGCAAAGAGAGUGAAGAUGCUCUUGACAUAUUCCAGUUUCUAAGACGAUUAUCGACGCAAGACAAAGUAGAGAAAUACCCUGUUGUUGCAGGGGAAUUGGCUCCGCUAGUGCCGUGCCCCAACUGUGUUGGCAGCAGGAGGAAGAGGUCAGACUCCGGGUUGAACAGAUUUCAAGUUUAUGGCUGUCCCAAAGGUUUUAUCAGGAUCGGUCCUGGAUGCAUCGAUGGGAAGCGUUUUGGGCGUAUUUAG